GCGACUCUUCGAAAUCCAACAAAUUUUUAAUUUUUGGAAGAAUGGCGUCCGGUGGCCAGAAGUUCCCACCUCAGAAGCAAGAAAGGCAACCAGGCAAAGAACAUGUCAUGGACCCCAACCCCCAGGCUACCAGCCAUGAAUACAAGCCUGCCAAUAAGCUCCUCGGCAAGGUGGCGUUGGUGACGGGUGGGGAUUCAGGGAUAGGAAGGGCAGUGUGCCACUGCUUCUCACUGGAAGGUGCGACUGUGGCUUUCACAUACGUGAAAGGUCAAGAGGACAAGGAUACCCAAGACACCCUGCAAAUGAUCAAACAAGCCAAGACCCAAGAAGCCAAAGACCCCAUGGCCAUCCCCACCGACCUCGGAUUCGACGAGAAUUGCAAGCGCGUUGUUGAAGAAGUGAUCAAGGCUUAUGGAAGGAUCGACAUCUUGGUCAACAACGCUGCAGAACAGUACAAGGCAGAGUCGGUGGAGGAUAUAAACGAAGAGAGAUUGGAGAGGGUGUUUAGGACAAACAUCUUCUCUUACUUUUUCAUGGUCAGGCAUUCUCUCAAACACAUGAAGGAAGGUAGCUGCAUCAUCUGUACCACUUCCGUGAAUGCUUACAAAGGAAACGCUAAGCUGCUGGAUUAUACAGCGACCAAGGGCGCAAACGUGGCCUUCAUAAGGGGUUUGGCUCUGCAUCUGGCGAGCAAGAGAAUCCGUGUGAAUGGAGUGGCUCCUGGACCUAUCUGGACGCCUUUGAUACCAGCUUCGUUCAGUGAGGAGGAGUGUACUAAGUUUGGAUCGGAGACACCGUUGGGGAGGGCUGGGCAGCCACAUGAGGUGGCGCCGUCCUUCGUAUUCCUUGCUUCUAAUGCGGAUUCGUCUUACAUCACGGGUCAGGUCCUCCAUCCCAACGGUGGGAUGAUUGUCAAUGCUUGAUGAUGAGGAUGAUCAUGAUCAGGAU